AUGUUGGGAAGCGUGUUCCUUGGAGAUCCACGGUCUCGACUGAUAGCAAGCAGCUCUCAAUCACCCCCUCAAUCCCCCUCGUUCUUUGCCCAACCACCACACAUCACCCCCGAAGUCGCACUGCAACUCCGUAUCCGAUGGCUCGAAGCGCUCUUACUCGGCGUGAGUGAGAUGGGGGGACAGGGUGUACCCAAACCGAGCGAUAAAGUGGAGGGGAGGGCUAAAGGGAAACGGGAGGAGAAAAAAGUGAGGAUCGAGAGGCCAAGUAGAGGUUUAAGGAGAGGAGAUGCGCAACAG